AUGAGCUGCUGUGCUAUGUUAAAAGAAGGGUCCCUCGGGUGGAUUACCACACUGAUACAUCGUUAUCUAGGGAUCCGCGACUGGCAGCUGUCCGCCGAUCUCCAAGAUCGUGAUCGUCUCUCUGCAGGGACUGCCCACACCGUACAGAUUGUUUUACCAGGCGAAGGCAAACAUAUCCACCGCAAGACAACUAUUAGCACACACGAACCAACAAACAAUGAUAAGGGGAUGCGCAGGCCGUCGUCCAGUGUCCAACUCAAUCACGCAAAGCCAAAGAAUUAUGAGCAUAGUAUAUAUGUAUAUGUCCUUUAUAUUCAGUUGUUUUUACACAAAGGCGUAUGUUUUAUCAUGAGACCCCUCGGCUGA